AUGCGGCACAUCAACCGACUGUAUCCGCGUGUCAGUCACUCGCUGCGAGCCCCAGGCAGGGACGUCGGACCUGCUCCAUUCGCCGCCGCGCGCAGCUCUUCCGGCGCUCGCUGUUGCCCCCAGCGUCUCCUCCUUCCCUUACUCUCCCCGUACACGCUCGCUGCGCCUCGCUCCGCGCUUUGCCGCGCCCACAAGAUGCUCGAGAAGCCGCCGACCGCCGUGGACAUCGAGUUCGGCCUCCCGGACGCCGCGUCCGACCCGCUGACGGGCGGCGCCGCCUCCGACCCGGACCUGGACGACAUGGACAUGGGGGCGGGCAGCGCCUCCGCCGCGCUGGCCUACGCGCGCUCGCUGGACCUGCAGCCGGCGCUCAUCGGCAUCUCGGCGCUGGGCGCGCUGCUGCUGCUGUUCGGCGGCAGCUUCCGCCCCAUCUUCCUCUACUCGGCCAUCGCGCGCAUCGCCGUGGCCAUCGCCGGCCUCAUCUUCUUCAGCUACGCGCUGCGCCCCAGCAGCACGCUCGGCUCGGGCGUCGAGAAGCUCGGCAACUUCACGCUCGGGCUCGUGGCCUCCGCCGCCUUCCUGGUGGGCGCCGUCUGCUCGGCGGCCGCGGGCUACGUCAGCAUGUGGGUCUCGGCCAGGUCCAACAUCCGCCUGGGAGGCGGCAUUUACACCAAGGCGGCCGAUGUGGGGGCAGAUCUGGUGGGCAAAGUGGAGGUGGGCAUCCCCGAAGACGACCCGCGCAACCCGGCGGUGAUCGCCGACCUGGUGGGAGACAUGGUGGGUGACUGCGUUGGCAGCAGUGCCGAUGUGUUUGAAUCCGUCGCGGCCGAGAUCAUUGGAGCCAUGAUCCUGGGCGGCACUCUGGCCCGUGAGGCUCAGCUGCCGUACCCGAUCGCCUUUGUGUUCUUCCCUGUGGUUGUGCACGCGUUCGACAUUGCAGUGAGCAGCGCCGGCAUUUUGAUGGUGAGAGCGCCCUCGGACGUUGAGGCUUCGCGUCCCGAUCACAACCCGAUGGCUACGCUGCAGACGGGAUACAAUGUGUCACUGGCAUUGGCGUUGGUGGGCUUUGCCUUCACCACGCGCUGGCUGCUGUACACGCCCGAGUACCCCACGGCGUGGAUGAACUUUUUCCUCUGUGGCGUUGUCGGCAUGCUCACGGCCUACGUGUUCGUCAAGUCAACGCAGUACUACACGGACUACGCGCACCCGCCCGUGCGCAGUAUCGCCAAGGCCAGCACCACGGGCCAUGGCACGAACAUAAUUACCGGCGUGGCGGUGGGCAUGAAGUCGACUGUUGUGCCCACGCUCAUGGUGAGCUUCGCCGUGAUUUCUGCUUAUCACUUGGGUGCCGGCUCCGGCAUCGGUGGCCAGGGCAACCGGCACGCGGGACUGUUUGGAACGGCCGUGGCGACUAUGGGCAUGUUGUCUUCUGCGGUGUUUGUGUUGGCUAUGAACAACUACGGGCCAAUCGCGGAUAACGCUGGUGGCAUUGCUGAGAUGAGUCGUCAGCCGGACUAUGUGCGAGACGCCACGGACAAGUUGGACGCUGCUGGCAAUGUUACCAAGGCUAUUACGAAGGGUUACUCGAUCGGCUCGGCUGCUCUGGCUUGCUUCGUGCUGUUCGGUGCAUUUAUGGACGAGUUCUCCGAGUUCGCUGGUCGCGAGUUCAAGACGGUGGACAUUGCGACGGUCGAGGUCCUGGUUGGUGGCCUUUUGGGCACGAUGAUGGUGUUCUUCUUCACGGGCCUCGCUGUUGCCGCUGUGGGUGAGACCGCUGGUGAGGUUGUCAAUGAAGUGCGCCACCAGUUCGAGAUUUAUCCGGGAAUCAUGGAGUACAAGGCCAAACCCGACUACCGAACGUGCGUUGCGCUGGUCACCAAGGCAGCAUUGAAGCAAAUGCGUUUCCCGGGCCUGCUGGCGGUGCUGAUGCCAGUAUCUGUUGGCAUUGUCUUCCGCGUGAUUGGAGAGUAUCAGGGCAAGCCGCUGCUGGGAGCUGAGGCCCUGGCUGGCUACCUCAUGUUCGGCACGGUUACUGGCAUCAUGAUGGCUCUGUUCCUGGAUAACGUGGGCGGAGCCUGGGACAACGCGAAGAAGUACGUGGAGCUGGGCAACUUCGGAGGCAAGGGAAGCGAAGCGCACAAGGCCGCGGUCACUGGUGACACGGUGGGUGAUCCGUUUAAGGACACUGCUGGUCCGGCCCUGCACGUGGUCAUCAAGUUGCUGUCCACGACGGUGUUGGUGUUCGGCCCGCUGUUUGUGUCGCGCGAGUAG